AUGGCUACACCCGAAUCAGCAAGAAAACUAUUCGGACCCGGUUCAUAUCCUGUUAUCAACCUUCUAAAUCAUCUCCAUAACGAUGACGAUAAUCUUCGUAAACAAGCAGAAACUCUGCUCAAUUACACCAAGAAAAACUACCCAAAUGCUCUAGUUCAGAAACUUUUCGAAACAGUUCAACGUAGUACCCCGUUAUCGAAAAAUCCAGGUAUUCGAUGUUACGAUAUUUUAAGUGAUACAUUACCACGCCUUUGGACUAAUCUUUCGCCAACUACACGAAAUGAUUUAAAGAUUGGUUUGAAUUACAAGAUUUGGCUUGAAACAGAUUAUGAAAUGCUCAAGGCUUGUUGUUCUUGUGUAUCGAGUUUAGCGUGUUUGCUUUUCAAGGAAAAUGAAUGGGAUGUUCUGCUUUACUUUAUGUUUAGGAACUUGGGUUCGAGUUCUUGGAAUAGGAAGUUAGGCGCUUUGCUAUUAUGGAAUGAUUUGAUACCAAAAUGUCCUGAGGUUUUUGUACUUUAUGUUGAUGUUUUGAUUGAGGGGUUUAAGACCCUUAUGCCUACUGUGUCGGAAGAUCAUCGAUGUGGGGUUGCUGCUGCUAGAGCAUCUGUGAAGUUGAUGUUGUAUUUCGCGACCCCUUCGAGUUAUUCCAAGUUUUAUGGUCUUUUAGGGCAUGUUAUAAUGACUUUGUUUAUGGCACUUGGUGAGGAGGUUCUUGUUUGUAGUCUUCUUGAAGAUUUGAUUGUUUUAGCUGGGGUGGAAACAGCGUUUUUUAAAGUUCAAUUUGAUGUUGUUUUCGAGUCUAUGGUUAGGGUAGCUGAGAAUUUGGACUUAGUGGAAAGUUUAAGGGAGAGUGGAUGUGGGAUGAUGCAAACGGUUAAUCAAUCGAAAUUGCUUCUUGUGUUGAUUGAUAUGUUGGUGGAUAUUGAUGAUGAUCCUUCUUGGGGAAAUGCAACUAGUGAUGAUGAAAAUGAAGGGGAGUUUAGUUCUUGUGGUUAUGCUAUGGAGAGAUUGGAUAGGCUAGCGAUUGCAUUAGGGGAAAAUGUAAUUGUGCCUAGUUGCCCUUCGAGCUUGUUCAACUUGUUGCAUAAUUAUUGGCAAAUUCGCCAUGCUGCUGUUACUGCAUUUGGGCUUAUUUCAGAGGGAUGCUCAAAGGUAAUAGAAAUAUGCUCAAAGGAUAUGGAGCAGCUCGUAGAGACUAUUGUGAAGAAAUUAAUACAUGAUGGGCACCCUCAAGUGCGAUGGGCGAUAAUUCGUGCAAUUGGUCACCUAUCAAAGUAUUUGAGCCCGCAUUUUCAAGAGCAUUAUCAUCAGCAGCUCCUUCCAGCUUUGAUUGAAGUAUUGGAUGAUUUUGAUUAUCCCAGGUUGCAGACACGUGCAACUUCAACAAAACUGUUGUUCAGUCACAAUUGCAGUGCGGAUGUCUUGAAACCUUACCUGCACAAGAUAGUGAGUAAACUAGUCGGGUUUCUACAGAGAGGAAUGACAAUGAUGAAAGAAGCAGCUAUGGAAACUUUAGCCUCUUUAGCUAUUUCAUCAAAGGAGGACUCUGCAUACAUAUAUGAUUCUAUAAUGCCUUAUCUGAAAGUUAUCUUGCUAACUGCUACUAAAGAUACAAGUCCCAUGCUCCUGGCCAAAUCCUUGGAAUGCCUUACCAUGAUAACAAUGGCUGUUGGAAAUCUAGCAAUCCUUGAUUAUGCUGAAAAGGUCACUACUGCGCCUAUUUCACUGCAAGAAACCGACAUGGAGGUAGAAGAUCCAAUGAGGUGCCUCUUGUUGCAAGCAUGGCAUAGACUAUGCAAAUGCUUAGGGGCAGAUUUCGUUCCUUAUCUGAGUGUUUCCAUGCCCAUUGUGAUAAAAUCUGCUACGCUGAAGAACUAUUUGAGUGUUUCCAUUCACUUCUGGAAGAAAAAGCCAUGGCCUGAGUUAAAGGAAGGGAUGCAUUUGUGGGUUAAUGAGAUUGUUAGUGCUUUAGUUCCAAAUAUUACCUUUAAAUACAGCGAAGAAGUAAGAAUGGCCGCCAUUCCUGCAAUGCCAUUACUGUUAAAUUCGGCUGCUUGUGCUAUGGAGAAAGAGCUUCCUGUAAUAGGUUGUGGCAAGUCCCCCGUUAAAAAGCUAUCUGACACUAUAAUCACGGCUUUGCUUGAUGCGUUAAGGAAGAUUCCGGGUUCACGUCUACGUAAACACCAAGCUGAAAAAUUUGUUGAUGGCAUAUCAAAGGUUCUCUCAACUUGCUCAUACCACAAAACAGAAAGAGAGAAAAGAGUUAAGGAGCACAACAAUUUAAGGGAGCAAGAACUACUCAAGGAGGAAGCUGAGCAACACUUAACUAUAUGUAGAAAUGCAUCAUUCUUGCCCUUUUUUGACAAGUUUUUGCCUAGUGUAUCACUUAUGUGGAGUAAUGAUAGAAUGGCCGAAGAAAGAAGAAUAGUAGUGCACCUUUUCCGUGAUAUUGCUGAGCAGUGCCGAGAAGAAGUAUUCAGGUACUAUGAGGAGUGGAUACAGCUCCUGCCUAAAGUUUACUAUCAUAAGAAUCCAGACGUUCCACAGAUCGUGGGAACUGCAAUUGGUUUUUGUGCUGAAUUCGGAGGAGAUUUCCUUAAGCCUCAUACUAUAGUAAUAUUCAAUCAUCUAAAAACUGUAAUGGAGCAUCCUAAUGCAAAAAACCCGGAUAACAUCAUGGCUUAUGAGGCUGCUGUUUCUACCUGUGGGAAGUUAAACCAGUUUGUCUUGGAAGGCAUCUACACCUAUGAGUUUUGGCAGUAUAGAAAUGAGUUAUCUGGAGUAAUUUGA